GUAUAGCUGUAACUGAACACCUCACAGCAGGUAGAGAGCGUAUAAAAGCCAUGACAAGAAAAACAAGUCUUGUGAAUUACUUCAAUUGAAUUCUUCUCUGAAAGAGAUAUUCUCAAGCAGAGACACGUGGAAUUGCUUUUACCUUUUGCAGGUAACAAACACAUACAGCUUACAGAUAACCAGUGACCUCACAUUGCGCCCUCACUAAAGAUGCAGUCCAGCUUCCUGUCUGUGUGGCGUCUCUGUUUCAUGGUGGUGAUGCUGGCAGGUAGCUGCUGCUGUCGAACUCUGAAGCCAACGAGAUACCCGCUCUUCACCCACAAGCCUUUCCUCCUGGCCUGGAAUGCACCCACGCAGAACUGUGAGCCCCAAUACAGGGUGCCCCUCAACCUGUCAGUGUUUGAUGUGGUGGCCUCCCCCAACGAAGGCCUAGUGGGGCAGAAGCUCACCAUCUUCUACAAAACCCGUUUGGGACUUUACCCCUAUUACACCGACAAGGGGGUUGCCAUCAACGGGGGGCUGCCCCAGCUCGCCAGCCUCAGGGAUCACCUGGCUAAGAUGCCAGAAGGGCUGGACAGAUACAUCCCAGAGCACAGAUCAGAGGGCCUGGCUGUGAUCGACUGGGAGGAGUGGAGGCCCCAGUGGGUCCGCAACUGGGGUGCCAAGGACAUUUACCGCAACGUCUCGUGCUCCAUGAUCGCCCAAAAGAACGUGCACUGGACUGCUGACCAGGUGGAGGGCGUCGCCCAGGAGGAGUUCGAAGCCUCUGCCAAGCAGUUCAUGCUGGAGACCCUGAGGACGGCCAAGAGCCUGCGGCCCAACCGGCUCUGGGGCUAUUACCUCUACCCUGACUGCUACAAUUACUACAAGAACAGCCUGAAGGACUACACUGGCCGCUGCCCCAACGUGGAGAUCAGCCGCAACGACCAGCUGGACUGGCUGUGGGAGGAGAGCACAGCCCUCUACCCCUCCAUCUACUUGGACCCCAUGCUGCGUUCCUCUGAGCAGGCACGCCAGUUUGCACGCAACCGGAUAGUGGAGGGCAUGAGGCUGGCAUCGGUGGGGCAGGGGCUGGCACGACCGGUCUUCGUCUAUGCGCAGCCCUUCUACCGCGGUGGGAUGCAGAUGAUGAGUAAGAUGGACCUGGUCUAUACCGUAGGAGAAUGUGCGGCUCUGGGAGCCGCUGGCGUUGUCCUCUGGGGUGAUUUAUCGUACGCCAACAGCACUGCUAGCUGCAGGGUGCUGCAGGGCGCCUUGCAGGGGACGCUGGGGAGCUACCUGCUCAACGUGUCGACGGCAGCGCAGCUCUGCAGCAGCUCGCGGUGCAGCCUGAACGGGCGCUGCGUGCGGCUCAACCCCAACACCAACACCUACCUGCACCUGAACGCCCGCAGCUUCCAGAUCACACAGGAGGGGGGCAGCCUGGAGGUGAAGGGGGAGCUGAGCUCCGCUGACAGGGACGACUUCCGGAGGGACUUCAUCUGCCAGUGCUACAGCGGCUACAGCGGGGACUCCUGCGGGGUUCCUAACGGUGCCUGCGGCAUGAGAGCCACUGUCAGCAACCUGCUGGCUGUGACGUUCCUGCUGGUUAUCCUGCAGAGACACCAGACUGUUUAACUGUGCCAAACGCUGCCUGGAACCUGCUGGCUGUGACGUUCCUGCUGGUUAAUCUGCAGAGACACCAGACUGUUUAACUGUGCCAAACGCUGCCUGGAACCUGCUGGCUGUGACGUUCCUGCUGGUUAAUCUGCAGAGACACCAGACUGUUUAACUGUGCCAAACGCUGCCUGGAACCUGCUGGCUGUGACGUUCCUGCUGGUUAAUCUGCAGAGACACCAGACUGUUUAACUGUGCCAAACGCUGCCUGGAACCUGCUGGCUGUGACGUUCCUGCUGGUUAUCCUGCAGAGACACCAGACUGUUUAACUGUGCCAAACGCUGCCUGGAACCUGCUGGCUGUGACGUUCCUGCUGGUUAAUCUGCAGAGACACCAGACUGUUUAACUGUGCCAAACGCUGCCUGGAACCUGCUGGCUGUGACGUUCCUGCUGGUUAAUCUGCAGAGACACCAGACUGUUUAACUGUGCCAAACGCUGCCUGGAACCUGCUGGCUGUGACGUUCCUGCUGGUUAAUCUGCAGAGACACCAGACUGUUUAACUGUGCCAAACGCUGCCUGGAACCUGCUGGCUGUGACGUUCCUGCUGGUUAAUCUGCAGAGACACCAGACUGUUUAACUGUGCCAAACGCUGCCUGGAACCUGCUGGCUGUGACGUUCCUGCUGGUUAAUCUGCAGAGACACCAGACUGUUUAACUGUGCCAAACGCUGCCUGGAACCUGCUGGCUGUGACGUUCCUGCUGGUUAAUCUGCAGAGACACCAGACUGUUUAACUGCCUUAAGAUCCUCACUGGGUGAAAGUUUGGAAGAAACGCUCCCACCUUCCUCUCUAAAGCUCAGUAAAAUGGCUGCUUUUCAGUUGCAGGUAAAGCCAUACACUUGUUCAAAUAAGUGAUCGUGUAUAAAAGGGCAGUGUUUUGUAUGCAUAUUUAUUAUUAAAU